AUGUCCGACGUUCGUAGGUCGACAAGAAUACGCGACAAGUCCUCCAGAACGGACGACGCUGAAGAUCAUGAGGACUCCAUGGGUUUAGUUCAUAUGGAUGAAGAUGUCGAUUUGGGUAGUGGCUCUGCAGACAGCUCCGAAAGCGACGAAGAGGUACAAGAAACAGACGAGGAAUACGAGGAGCCUGCUCAUAAGAAGCGUAAGCGUGGAUCGGGCGAGAAAACCAACCGCUCUGGCGCUGCACAAGGGACAAAAAGAACUAAGGCGCCAAAAAUGGGUCGAGACAAAAACUCAAAAAAAAGCAGACUAGCGUUCCUUGAAAGACAGCAGGGCUUUGAAGCGACAGAGCUAUUUCAGAUAAUGGCACAUUCCGAGGAUUUUUCGGUCGAAGAGCUCGCAAACGGAUGGCUUGAGCUGUACUCAGAGAAUAGAGACAAAGCGCUUCAACAAUUUAUCAACUUCUUGCUCAACUGUUGCGGCUCCUUGGUACAAGUUCAAGAACACGAUGUUGUGUCUAACGAGACUGCCAACGAUACAGUGGCCGAGAUUCAGUUGCAAUUCCAACAACAAGAACUGCACGAAUCACACUUACUCAUGAGCAAAAAUAAUCAGAGGCGCGCCAAAUGUAAAUCGCUGUACGAAAACUUUCUCGAAUUCACCCACAAGCUGCUGGAGCUGGCUCAUGAACGCGGCCUGUUAUAUGAAAAUUCGAGCGAUUCAGGAGAAUCACAGCCAACAAGCCAGUCACUCAUUUUAGACCUCCUCACCUGGCUAUCGUCAUUAUCUGUGAGUAAAGUCAGAUGUCUACGGCACGUUGCAACAUUGUGCAUGUACAGUUUUCAAGACUAUUUGACAGCGUUAAGUGUGUCCUUGGAAAAUGACUAUUUAGUGAAACUGAGAAGGCAACUAGGCAUGGAACAAAAAAAGAAGAGAGCUAAUCCGAAGACAGCGGAAAAAUUAGAAUCCACAAUAGAGGAAAUUCAGGAAACAAAAUCAGUGGUGGAAAAUUGCAUCGACAAUAUUAUCAAGCUGUCUUUUAUCCACCGCUUCAAAGAUGUGGAUGAGGCUAUACGAACAGACUCCGUAAUCCAUCUUGCUACGUGGCUUGAGACUUAUCCAGAAUACUUCUUGAAAGUUACUUUUCUAAAAUAUUUUGGCUGGUUGUUAUCCGACAUUUCGUCAACAGUACGAUUACAAGUAGCUAAAGUGAUUUUGGACAUUGUCAAGUUUGACAACAAACGGAAAAAGCACAAGGUUGGGAGCACCGCCUUGCGGCAGUUCUUCGACAGAUUCAAGCAAAGGAUUGUUGAGAUUGCUUUGAAAGACGUUGAUAAGCCAGUUCGCAUUGCCUCUAUACAGGUCUUGACUCAAAUCAGCUCCUUGGGAUAUCUCGAAGAUAGCGAGGUUGCCAAGAUCUCAAGUUUGAUCUUCAAUGACCGCAAAAUUGAGGCUUCUUCCGUAGCGAAGAACGCUAAAUUACUAGCUUCCGUGGCAAAGUUCUUCGCGACUGUGCAAAACGAUAAGUUAGAGCUCUUGCUGGAGUCCCAUUCAUUUCCUCAAAAGUCAAAAUUGUUACGGCCUCGGGAGAUUAUUGAAGCGGGAUUUUUUAUGAAAUCGCUGCUCAGUUCCUUCUCAAGCUAUUUGAACGAAAUCGAUACUAGUGAGCUUGCACAAAGUCCCUCUGAUCUUCUAUUCCAGGCAGCGGAGUUUUUGGAGCCCUACUUCGGGGGUCUAACAUCAUCUCUGUGCGAGCUCCUCGUCACCGAUGCGAGUUUCGAAGGUUUUGCCAAUGUCGAAGACGCAGAGACUGGUGAAAAGGUACUCAUUCUGCCUAGCAAUGAAAACAGCAUUACCCAUUAUGUGGUGGUAUUGAGUGGUUUGUGCCAUGGUGGCAGCAAAAAGAACUCGAAAAAAUCAGAAACCGCUAUGGCGGCUAUGGGCUUCCUUUCGAAGCUGUUCGAUACAUUGCCACUCCAUUCUAGUAUCGUGAUGCAGGAGCUUUUCAAGAUUUAUACACUUCCCACAUUCGAAGAAUGGGUCUCUGCGCACUUGGAGUCUGACUUCCAGGAAAUUACAGACGUAAUUGUCAAGACAUUUGAUCGCAUGCAAAUUUCCAAUGAUAGUCAUGAUAUAGUUCGCUCCUCUUUCGCAGAUGUGUUGAAAUUUCACAAGAGUUUGGGAUUACCACAAGUUAUUGAUGGUUGGAAAAACCAACUAGAACAGGUGCGUGUGUCAUUUCAGGUAUUUUUGGAGACAAAAGCCGAUGGCUAUAGUGGUGAAGACAUAAACACACUUUUGAUCGCGGCUCAUGAGACUUAUCUUAACAAGUUGGUAUUGCUCGGCAAAGUACUGCAGCUUGAUAUAAGCCCAGAGUUAAUCCAGGAAUAUUUCAGAAAAAUUGUCAACAAAAUUCCUCAAACCCUGGAGCUGCUGAGACAUGAUACUAUAAAGACCAUAGAUUUUAGGUUUGUGACCCUGGCCGUAACUUGGAAUUUACAACGCUGGUUAGAAAUCUUGCAAAAUGCCACGGACGCAACGCCGUUUUCUUCGAGUCCACUAGAAACGGCCUUUGGCGUCAUAAGACAGCUGAACACAGAUCUAGCGGCUCUGUCACGUUGCGAUGGGGAGAGUAUCCGCGAUUGUUUGAAUAUCAAGUUUAAGCUCUGCGAUGUUUUGCUGGAUAGUCUCACGGCGAUAAAAAUGUUCGAGCUGAACAUUCCUAGCAAGGAUUACGAAUGGCAGCGAGCUAUCGCAGAUAACUACCAGGUGGUAAUACGCGCUGAAAUGCCUCAAAUCUUUCUCGAUGCUUUUCUAUAUUUGGAAGGUUUGCGAGCUAAAGAGCUCGGGGUUCAGCUCGAUCGAUCUGACGACGAGAAUGUUAACCUCAACGACAUCACUGACGAUAACGUGGAGGAUGUUGAAGAAGAGCUCAAUUUAUUUGCUGUAAAGCUCAAAAGCCUGUUAACUUUGGGCCUACUAGACGAUACUCGAAUUGAAAGUCGCAUAGCUUUGAACAAAAACGUCUUGGGUAGUGAAUUUGAAUCUAUCGCUGACGAUUCUGCUUUCGGCGCAAACCAAUUGCCCAAACGACAGCUGGCCUCUGCUAACCACGAACACCAAAUCUUCGAUAACCAAGGUGGAAAAUCGGAUCUUAAAGGUAGUCACACAUCUGAGUACUGGAAUCGUCAUAAUCCGUCAAUAACCUCACCCAACGUUCCAAGCAGGCUAGAAACACGAGAGAGCAGUUCAGAAUUUCUAUGA